UUCAUCAUUGGCAAUACAUGGAGCGUGGUGCAAAAUAUUCUUUGCCAGCAAGACUGCUUUUGUUUCUUGACUAUAAAUAGAGUGCACCACAAUGGUUGAGCACCAACAAAGCACAUCUGCUCUUCACUUUCUCUUCCAUUACAAACAUAAACACAUCAUCAGUUCAUCCAUUAGAAACAUGGCUUGCCAUCAAAGAUCCGCAAGUUUGCCUUGCUCCAGUGAAUCCAAAGUGGAGGUGGAGCUGCAGGGCCUGAAGUCAUGCAUCUCUUCACCCUCCGCAACCAUCGACACAAUGUGUGGUGGUUACGCAAGGCUUGGAGACAUCUACAACUGCAUAGAGGAGAUCAUGGGCUUGCCCAGCAACCAAAUUGGCCUCUCCUUCCCCCAAAACAAGAAAAUGGUAGAAGAGGAACUGGAGAGAUCCCUUGCGCUGAUUGAUCUCUGCAAUUCCAUGCAAGAGAAUUUAGCAGAGCUGAAGAUGAGUACCCAGGAGUUGCAACUGGUUCUCAAAAGAGGAGAUGACGCGUCUGUUCAACUCAAGGUUGAGUCUUUCAUUCGCCUCGCCAAGCAGGCGCAGAAGCCUUUCAAGAAGAUCGCAAGCAGCAAAGCUAGUGGUGAGGAUUGCAGGCUGGUCAGGCUACUGGCGGAAGCCAGAGAGAUGUCUGUCUCUCUACUCGAGUCCACGUCGCAGCUGUUGCUGAAGCAGUUCGCCACCACCAAAGGAAGCAAAUGGUCUCUUGUACAGAAAAGAAAGGUCAUUUGCGAGGAGGAACAGUUGCAAGCGCUAGAGCGAUGCAUGGGAGAUCUUGAAAACGGCGCUGAGCUUCUGUUCAGGAGAUUGAUCCAAAGCAGGGUUUCGCUCCUGAACAUUCUCAGCUCGUAGACACUCUCAGGCCUUGUUUCUCUAGCAUAUUGCGAUUGGCAUCCACCUUUUAAAGGAUUCACCAGCCAUAUAGAACCUUUCUAGCUUGUGUACUGAGUACACUACUAAAUGUACAUACAAAUGAUCAGUUGACGAAAGCAGUUUUGACUAUGCCCAUAAAAUUACUUGUGAUUUCACUGAUCUUU